GAACCGAUUCAAAGAACGAUUCGUUCAGGAGUUGGACAUCUGUCUGCAGACAGACAGGCGGACAGACAGACAGGCAUGGCUGAUGCAGUUAAGAACGUGGCGAUCUUUGGCUCCACCGGAAUGACCGGAGCGGUGACCUUACCGAUCGCAGCCGCUGCAGGUUAUAACGUCACAGUGUUGGUCAGGGAUCCGUCCAGGCUGCCUGCUGACCACAAAGCCUCCAGAGUGGUGGUGGGAGAUGUGCUGAAUAAAGAGGACGUGAAGAAGACGCUGGAGGGUCAGGACGCGGUGAUCAUCAUCCUGGGCACCAGGAACGACCUCAGUCCCACCACCAUGAUGUCUGAGGGAACCCGUAACAUCCUGGAGGCCAUGAAGGCCCGCGGCAUCCGUAAGGUCAUCGCCUGCAUGUCCGCCUUUCUGCUGUGGGACAGAGCUAAAGUGCCCCCCCGCCUGGUCCCCGUCACUGAAGACCAUGACAGGAUGUACACAGUGCUGAAGGAGUCCGGGCUGGACUAUGUGGCUGUUAUGCCCCCCCACAUUGCUGAUAACCAUCCUCUGACGGAGAAGUACACCGUGACUGAGAACAUGCUGAAAGGAAGAGUCAUUUCCAAAUACGAUCUCGGCCAUUUCUUCGUAAAGUGUCUGUCCACGUCAGAGUGGGACGGGAAGACGGUGGGCGUCUGCGGAGAGUACAGCUAAACUGACCGGACGGGGCUAAAAUGUGCCAGUAAACAACCCUUAUAAUGAGAUGCUAAUGUUUAUUUACCCCACCUGUAACCUUAAACCUUUAUAAUGGAGCCUCACGCUUACUCACACAGAUCAAAAUAUCAUUAUUAAUAAUCAAAACACUUCACAAUCAUGCACUGGGUUUUAUAUUACAAAAGACAUUUUGAUCAAAUAGAAAUGUUUUGCAGUUUCUGGUUACAAUGUGCCUUGUUCUAUUAAAACACAAUACGUUGUCUUUUCCUAUUAAAAGUGCUUUUGUGUUUU